AUGGAAGGCAUCCAGAAGCUUUACGAACAUGAGACAGAGGAACAAGGAGUGUCGCGAAUUGAUUUCGUCCUGCGAAGCUUAUCGGGUGAACAGCGGAAGAAUACGCUGAUUGUAGUUGGACAUGCGAUUACCCUCGCUGUAGCCCUCACUCUAGCAAGUCAAGGAGAGCAAAAGGGAGAAACGGCAUCAAGCGGUUCAGGAUCGGGUAUUACCUCAUUCGAAUAUCAGAAAAGUGUCGAUAUGCUUGGAAAUGAAGUAAUCGAUCAAUUGAAUUUGGGUGUCAGGUUUCCACCUGGAAGUAUCGUUACACUGACUCAAGCGAACAAGGGCCCACCAUUCCUCUAUCAGCUCAGUCCCAAUAUUGUCCCACCACUGUCGUAUGGAGAAUACUUCUCGAACAGACCUAUUUUGGCGACAUAA